UUCAAACUUUUCUUAAAACCUUUUUAUAAAAUAACCAAAAAUUCUUCCUGAUUAGUAAAUUAAAAAAUUAACCAACUAAAUUGAAGAGCAUGUUUCCAAUAGAAUGAGCUGCCUUUAAAACCAAUAAAUAGACCAUCCUAAAAAUGACUCCGAAGAAAUGUUACUGUCCAGUCACACAUGUCAUCUUUGACUGCGAUGGAACCUUGAUAGAUAGCGAAGUCAUAUACCUCAAAACAAUUCAAGAGCUACUAGCUCCCUAUGGCCACACCUACACCAAAGACGAUCAGGCGCGACAUAUGGGAAUGCCGGCCAACACAUUUUCCCAGCAAAUAGUGAAGGAAUUAAAUCUGCCAGUUACACCUGAGAAGUUCCACGAGAAAUUCGAAAUAGUUUCCGAGAAGUAUAUGGGAAAUGUUUCGCUGCUGCCAGGGGUGCGGGACCUAGUGCUCCACCUGCACGAAUACCGCAUACCCUUCAGCAUAGCAACGAGUUCGUUUAGGAAAAUAUUCCAGGUGAAGGCGAGGUCGUUUAGUGACAUCAUUCUGGCCUUUCACCACGUUGUCUGUGGCGAUGAUCCGGAAAUCGCACCGGGGAGAGGAAAGCCCAAUCCGGAUAUCUUCCUGCUGGCCGCCUCGCGGUUCAACCCACCUGCGGACCCCAAAAAGUGUCUCAUUUUCGAGGAUGCCCCACUUGGUAUGAAAGGUGGCUUAGCAGCUGGCAGCCAAGUGGUAUUCAUACCACCUGAACAUGUUACCAAGCAGCAGAAAAAGGGAGCCACCAUGGUGCUCAAGUCCAUGGCGGACUUUAAGCCCGAGCUUUUUGGCCUCCCUGCCUUUGGAAACUGCUCCAAGUUCGAGUUCGGCUAACUCCCAAGCACUCUAAAUUUAUCUCUCAAAAUUGUAGCAUAUUAUAACUAAAAAAAAAAAGUAAAUCAAAAUUCUAGAGUA